AUAUAUUGAUCUAAAGGUUAUUUUUGUCUCAUUCAAGUUUCUGUUAACCGGCUUGGAAAUUUCCUGUGCUUGUUUCGACUUUGAAGUCUUAAAAAAAAAAUUGAAGAUGCCGCUCUAUAAAUUGACUUACUUCCCAGUUACGGCAUUGGCAGAACCAAUCCGUUCUUCUUCAGCUAUGCUAGUAUUCCAUUUGAAGAUGAACGUAUCAAAAAGGACGUCUGGCCAGAAAUAAAGCCCUUGACUCCUUAUGGCCAGCUUCCUAUGCUCGUAGCUGAUAGAAGGAAGGUUGCUCAGUCUACAGCUAUUUGCCGUUACUUAGCCAAACAAUAUGACUUAGCUGGAAAGACUGACUGGGCAGAUCUUCAUAUUGAUGCCACUGUUGAUACUAUUCAUGAUAUUCGUCAUAAAAUUGCCGCCUUCCACUAUGAGGAGGACGAGAAGGUCAAAGCUGCAAAACGCAAGGCUGCUGAAGAGACGCUGCUGUUCAUUUUAGAACGUUUGGACCAGCAAGUGAAGGAAAAUGACGGCUACUUCUACGAUGGUACUCUCUCUUGGGCUGAUUUAACAUUCGUUGCUCUGCUCGAUUAUUUGAACUUUAUGUACAAGUCUGAUCUGAUCGAGAAUUACGAGAAUCUGAAGCUGCUGGAGAAAAAGGUCCUCCUUCUGCCCAAGAUCAAAAACUGGAUUGAGAGACGCCCAGUUAGCGAAUUCUAAACUUCACGAUUGCUUAUGGUUUUAUAAGCGUUUAAAGAUUGCGGUCUUAGUGUGUUGAGAGAAUGAAGAACGAAUCGUGUUGAUGGAAGUUUGUACGGAAUAUACUGAUUGCUUUUAACAUUCAUUAGUUCCAGUUAUUACCGAUAUUUUUGUCAUUUAGUUAGGGUUUUCCCUUUAGAUUACGUUGUGAUAGAGAACUAUUAUUUGUGUAUUCCUACAGAAACAUACGAACUAUAUAAACUGUUGACACGAUGUUGUGCUUUUGUAUUAUAGAGAUAAUAAUAAAACCAUCAAACAAUCAUUAA